GAAUAUUAUGUCGCACUACCCACUACCGGUUGCAGCCGUAUUUUGUCUUUUUUCGGAUGCGGAUACCCUCUUGCCUAAAUGGGUAGUUCCCCUUUAGUGUCGUAAAUAAACAAAUUAAGCCUUUGUUUUGAUGCCUCCUGCACAGAAGCUUAUAAAAUUGCAAAUUUAUCAACACUGAUCUCUAUAGUUACCAUAAGAGACUGUCUGUUAGUGUUACAAAAGUUAUUAAGAGUUACUAACAGUUAUUAAGAGUUCUUAGUUCUCUAGUUACUAUUAGUUACUAUUAGUUACUACUAAUUACUCUAACAUAGUACUAUACUAGUACACUAGUACCUAGCACUCCACCAUCUAGUAUCACUACCAUCUAGUACACCUCAUCUACUAGACCCCUCAUCUACUAGACCCCUUCUAACACCUCAUCUACUAGGACUACUCAAUUUACUAGUUCUACCACCAUGGACACUUCACGACUUGAUCAGAUAUGUGCUCUUGUCAAUUCCCUCGAACACAAAUCUAAUCAAGUAUUCACUACUGCCAGUCAAACUUCCAGUCUCCUAAAUACCUUUAGUCAUUCCAUUACUCAACUCAAUCGAGAAGUCGAUGAUAUAACUCAUCAAAUGGAAAAUAACUAUACGUAUGUUCGAGAGUUUACCAAUCUUUACGAAAAGGCCUUUUAUCUUGAAACUUCCAUAACUUCGAAUGAUCAUCUUACCAAUCUUGCAACCUUUGAUAAUUUGGCUCAGGAGUAUAAGUUCCUUCUUGAUAAACUAUCGCAUAAUGAGAGUAUAUCCACCAUCAAUGAUACCAGUACCAGUACCACUAGCACUACAACAACUAUAGUCAAACCUAUAUCGAAUAAGAUAUCUGUAUCCAACUUACAAUUAAAACCUAUACGAUGUAAUAGUAAGAAAGUGUAUAAACGGAAAUCCAAGUAUAGACUAUCCGGGAUAUUCAAUGUCAAUCCUGUCAGUAUUAGUACCAGUAAUAAUAAUAAUAAUAGUACUAUUAAUAGUAAUAAUAAUACUACUAGUAAUACUACUACUAAUAGUAAUAGUACUUCUAAUAGUGUCCCUGAAUUGGUUCUGUCUAGUAGUACUAAUAAUUCAUCACUACUUAACAAUAGUGAUCUAGAUCUAGACCUCGACCUAAACCUCAAUCUAGAUAUGGGUAUUACCAAUCAAUUAGAUACAGAUACAGAAACUAUCGCUACAUUGCCAACACUGCCGGGAUCAGAGAAGUUCUAUAACUACAACUACAACUACAACUGCAACUAUAAACAUCACCGAUCCAAUUCAUUGCCUGAAGCCAAUAGUUCAGGACUCUUUGCGUUUCCAACACCUCCCGAUAACGAUGAACAACUUCGAAUCAAUCGUCUUAAACACUUUAUAAGUUUUGGAAAUCUUCAUGAUCUACAUCAUUCUCCUGCAUUAGAAGAACCAGAACCAGAAACAGCUUCUAUUAAUUUAAAUUCAACUAUAGAAUUAGAUAACUUAUCCAUAUGCUCGGAAGUGUCUACGAUAUCACCCCCCACUACCAUGACUACCAAACAUCUACAAAGUGAUACAUUUGAGAAUUAUCUCCGGAAAUCUCAUAUCGAUCUCCAGCAACUGUUCCCCAAUAUACUUCGGAAAUCUUCAUCGUUUGAUAGUUUCUUAAGUGAAGCCUUUGAAGAACCUCCACCUCCACCUCCACCACAUCCCCAAACUUAUAGAAUUCAUAAUCCCAUAGAGAAUAUCCAUCUCAGUACGUCUCAAUUCGAAUUGGCUACCGAGACUACUGAACCCAUCUACUCUCGAAAGAAGAAACGAGUCACCUUUGAAGAUGAUGAUCCUAAACGGAAACUUAGUGAUAUCAUCUUAGCCAAUGAGAACAUUAAGAAACAGAUGGCUGCCCCUCCGUCUCCGUCUCCAUCUCCCACAAGUUCUUCAAAUUCAAAUUCAACCCCUUCAACUCCUACAAAGUCAAAAUCAAAUUCAAAGUCCACUAACUUCUCGUCUCUCUUUGGCUUAUCACUAAUAUCUCCCAAGAGAGAUCCUUCUACAACUUCUGAUGGUUCCACUACCACUACCACCACCAAUACUAUAGAAUUCUUUGGUAAAUCUCUUACCGAUAGUCUCAUGAAUCUCGUGAGUACUCCCACACCUCCUACUAAAUCUAAGUCUAAAUCUAAUUCUAAAUCUAAUUCUAAUUCUAAUGGAACUCCUGAUAAAAUUAGAGAUCUCAAGAGGAGAUCUCGUCAAUUUGAUAAAUCUAAAUCUAAAUCUCUUUCAAUCUCAAUCUCAAUCCCUAAUGACAAUCAAUCAAAGAGAUUACCUAUUAGAAUUCCUAAACCUAAUGGAGGAGCUUAUUCUUCAAGUCUCACCAUUGGUCCUAACCAUACUACAAUUAUUCAUCAUGGUGAAUCUUCGGUAUUCCGAAAACCUGUCAUGAGUAAAGUUAGUCAUCAAUCACUAAGAGAAGCCUUAUCUCAAAGUUUAUUGGAAUAGACAACAAAUAAAUAAAUAAACAAUUAAACAAAUAUUCAAGGUCAGUAUGACUCUUGAUUUGUUUAAUUAGAACUAAUUCU